AUGUAUAUACUCGAGCAAUUGGCGCGUCUCCUCGACCGCCCGUUCUUCCCAUGGAAGAAUGUCCUCGUGGGAUUCUCUUUGGGACAAUUUGUCCUAGAAGGUCUUCUGUCUCUCCGUCAAUAUAAGGUCCUGCAGCGCACAAAGCCUCCACAGGUUUUGGAGAAUGAGGUGUCUCAGAAGGUCUUCGACCAAAGUCAAUCUUACGGUCGCGCGAAAGCGAAGUUCGGCUUCGUUGCUGGUCUCUACGGUCAAAUUCAGAAUCUUGCGUUUAUCUACGGUGAUAUCCUCCCCAAACUGUGGGGAGCUAGCGGUCUCUUGUUGGCACAGUACUUCCCUUCUCGGUUCCAGGGCGAAAUCACACAAACUCUCGUGUUUCUGUUUGGAUUCAACCUGAUUAGCACUAUUCUGUCGCUGCCAAUCUCGUACUACAACACUUUUGUCCUGGAAGAGAAAUUCGGCUUCAAUAAGCAGACUCUCAAGCUCUGGGUUACGGAUAUGCUGAAGGGCCAGAUGCUCGGUAUUGUGCUUGGAACGCCUAUCAUUAGCGCAGUGCUCAAGAUCGUCCAGAAGACCGGUAACUCGUUCUUCUACUACCUGUGGCUUUUUGGUAUCUUCGUCCAGGUCUUUGCCAUUACCAUCUACCCGAUCGUGAUCCUGCCAUUGUUCAACAAGCUAUCGCCUUUGGAACCUGGUGACCUAAAGACCGGCGUUGAGAACCUCGCCAAGAAGCUGAACUUCCCUCUCCAGGAACUUCACGUCAUUGAUGGUAGCAAACGGAGUGCUCACAGCAACGCCUAUUUCUAUGGACUGCCAUGGAAAAAGCAUAUUGUUAUUUACGAUACUUUGAUUGAGAAGAGUGAGUCCGAAGAGGUGGUUGCUGUUCUGAGCCAUGAAUUGGGCCAUUGGAGUCUCAGCCACACCACCAAGCUGUUCGGUAUCGCUCAGUUCCACAUGUUCUACAUCUUUGCACUUUUCUCGGUCUUUGUCAACAACAAGUCGUUGUACCAAUCUUUCGGUUUCAUUAACGAACAACCCAUUAUGAUUGGAUUCCUUCUGUUUUCGGAUGCUCUGGCGCCAAUGGAUGCCGUUGUCAAGCUUCUAAUGAACAUCCUCAGUCGCAAGUUCGAAUUCCAAGCUGAUGCGUUUGCUGUGAAGCUUGGCUAUUCCGAGAAACUCGCCUCGUCUCUCCUCAAACUCCAGAUCCAAAACUUGAGCACCAUGGAUGCCGACUGGAUGUAUGCCAGCUAUCACUACUCUCACCCGAUCCUUUCGGAGCGACUCAAGGCGCUCGGCUGGAAGGGUGGAAAGGUCACUGAUUAUAAGGCGGAGGAUGAUGAGAAGCCAGUUAAAGCUGCUGACCGCGAGCUCUGAGCUAUUCUGAUGCUGCUAUCUUUAUUCGCGUUCUCCGGUAGUGUUCAGACUUUUUGGGAAUUUUCGGUUAUUCGGUCCUGUGGGAUGGGGUUGGUGUUUUUUGUAGAAGUGUGGGAAUCCAUCAUUCAGAAAGAGCAGUAAUAAAACAAAGAAAACUCCUCU